GCUUCCCCGCUGCUUUGCGCAUGCGCCCAGGAUCCGGAAAGGGAGGCCGCGGCCACUCACCCACGGCAGUGGGGAAGGAGAAGGCCAGGGUUGCUACUCGCAGCUGUGCUCUCCCCCCCACCCCUGAGCUGGCUCCCCACGCAGGUUUAUGCUGACCGAGGUGGCAAGAGUAUAUACAGCCGCCCUGCACCGGCAGUUUUUGAAGCAGCGUUGAAGGGGGGAAUGCGGUAGGGGAGCUCUCUAGUAAACAAUGAAAGUUCUGUUGCUGAAAGAUCCUAAAGAAAGUGAACAUGGACCAGAUCCGUAUAUAAGAGAACUGGGCUUACAUGGUCUUGAAGCAACAUUGAUUCCAGUUUUAGCAUUCGAAUUUAUUUCUCUUCAAACAUUUCUUGAAAAACUUUUUCAUCCUGAACAAUAUCGUGGACUAAUUUUUACCAGCCCAAGAGCUGUAGAAGCAGUCAGAUUAUGUCUGGGAGAUCAUGCUAAAGAAGAAGACUGGAAAAAUUCUGUCAGAGAGAAAUGGAAUUCCAAAUCAGUUUAUGUAGUAGGAAAAGCUACAGCUGGACUAGUAGCUGAAAUAGGCCUCAUACCACAAGGAGAAAACUGUGGAAACGCUGAGAAGCUAGCUGGAUAUAUUUGCUCCCAAGAGCCACCCCAUUCAUUGCCUCUGCUUUUUCCUUGUGGAGCUCUCAAGAGGGAAAUACUUCCAAGAAUACUCGGGGGGAAAGGUAUUGCACUGGAAGGCCUUACUGUUUAUCAGACAACGGAACAUCCUAAUCUUCAAGAAUCGAUGAGGAAUUACUUCUCACAACAGGGUAUUCCUGCUAGUGUCACAUUCUUCAGUCCAUCUGGUGUCAAAUACUGUCUGAACCAGAUUCAGAAAUUGUCUGGUGAUCUCAUUGCCCAAAUCAAGUUUGCUGCUAUAGGUCCGACGACUGCUGAAGCUCUGGCAGCUGAAGGCAUCCCAGUGAGCUGCACUGCCAGCAGCCCUACUCCACAGGCUCUCACUACUGGUAUAAAAAAAAGUCUCCAGCUAUGAAACUUUUGUUCAUGCAAGUGACAAAUUUUAAGGCUGUGUGUAUUUGCCAUUAUUCAACCUGCCAGUAAGAAAGUCUCUAAAAGGGAAAGAUGUCUUUUGUCAGUGUGUAAUGUAUGAAUAGUUCUAGCAUUAACUGUGAUGAGAAGUCAUGUUCAGCUUUGACUUGCAACAGUCUCUCUGCACACCUUCAUAUUGUAUUAACAGUACUGCUGUGCUGAAUACAAAUUACAGUGAAACUCAGUUGUUAAAAUGGACAUAAUGGCAGUUGUGAAGCACAUGUAGCAACCUUGUAUCUUACCUUGAUCAAUGUGGAUGAUAAGGAAGCAAAUUACCUGAUGUAUUCUAAUUAAACCUCAUAUUUAAUAAAUUCCUGCCAACUGAGCCAAAAGGCACCUUUUAUGGUGGUUCUCUUUUAUUUAAAAGUGGGAGAACAACAGCCCCUAUUGAUGCCACCAUAGCAUCUUUUCCCAAUGGCAUCCACCCACACACUUAAAAAAAAUAAAUUGUGAGUCCCUUUGGGAUGCGGAACCACUGGCUGGAUUCCUAACACCACACAUGCCACCAAAAGAAGCUUGCAUACAGCAGUUGCGUUUCUAUGUCCGAAGCACAGGCACAUCAUUCACCAGUCUCCCCUUCCCCUGAAAACACUCUGUGUAACGCAUAAAUAUGUCUCUAGCUCAGGGACAUAUUUGCGCAUUGCAUUGAGUGCUUCAAGGAGAAAAGGAGAUAGGCGAAAAGUGUCCACUGUGUGCACAAGCACCUGCACUUUAGUAGUGGGACUGCAGAGGCUGCACACAUGCAGAUUUAGGAUGCCAGUCACUCCCCUGACCCUCUCAUUUCUUUGCCAUGUAAACAACUUUGUGAACAUAGUGCUCAAAUUAUAUCUCAAUAUUCUAAAUAGUCCAAAUGAAGUUUUUGUAGUACUCAAGCUACUUUCAGAAUCCUGGUCUGGAUUUACUUGCUUGUAUUUCUCAUCAUUGUUCUGUAUCUCUAACUCAGCCUUCCAAACAAGAAACUGUGGGUACGAAAAUUGUUUUGCCCCUUCCAUUCAAGGAGGGAAAACCAGCUUAUGAAGUUGUAAUUUUAAUUAAAUAUAAAAUUUA